GAAAAUGAAAACAAAGUUUUUUUUUUAAUCUUAUUCAUAAACAUGGUGGCAGUGCGAUAGGCAGUGUUUUUUUCGGCUAGUCAUUAAGUUUUGGAGCUUAUUAUACAAGUGUGUUUGAUACAAAUUGUAAGUAUUUAUUCUACUUGUAUUUAAAACCCUGUUAUCAAUUAUGUAAAGUAAUUAUAACACCCAUAAUUUUCAGGUAAACACCACGUCAAAUAGGCUUCAUAAAAUUCAGGAUGACGUCUGAAGAAACCCAGAUUUCCGAUAACCUAAAAGGAUGUUACGAGAAUCUUAUUGUGAUUGAUAUAGGCGCAAACUUGACAAACAAGAAAUAUGGCCGUGAUCUCGAUUCUGUUAUACAAAGGGCAAAGGAUGCAGGGGUACAAAAAAUUAUGGUCACCGGUACAUCAGUAAGAAACAGUAAAGAGGCUCUCCGACUGACUCGUCUCUAUCCUGGCACAAUAUAUUCAACAGCAGGUGUCCAUCCUCAUGAUGCCAAGUCUAUGGUGGAUGAAGAAAUGUGGUCAGACCUGAGACAGAUAGCGAGCGCUCCCGAAUGUGUUGCCAUUGGUGAGUGCGGUCUCAACUACAGUAAAGACUUCUCCGAGCCGCAUGUGCAGAGAACGGCCUUCAAACGACAGGUUGAAAUGGCGUGCGACUUGGGGAAGCCUUUAUUCGUUCACGAGAAGGAGGCUCAAGAUGAUCUGGUGAAGAUCUUGGACGAUGUUGGCAAUCGCCUGCCGCCGGUGGUCAUUCACUCGUUCACUGGCACUGUGGAGCAAGGGCUCAAAUAUAUAGAGAGGGGAUACUACAUCGGUAUUACAGGUUACAUAUGCAAGGACAAAUCAGACGGUGGCAUCAGACGUCUGCUGUCCGAGCAGUUGCUGCCUGUGGACCGGCUGGUGGUAGAGACGGAUUCUCCGUUCAUGUAUCCCAACAUGAGAGCCUCCAAGCUGCCGCUCCACGUUAAAGAUUCACUUACAGAGAGGUCGAUGAAUUUCGUGAACCGCUAUUGCACGUUCCAACGCAACGAGCCGUGCGCUCUGCCCGCGAUAGUGGAACUGGUGGCCGGAUUCCUGGGGCAAAGCCCUGAGGACGUCGCCCUCGCCACCGCAUUCAAUGCCCUCAAGAUAUUCGGCCUCAGCCAAUAACACUAGUCAGUGAUGAUUUUGUGAGGAAUUGCAAGCGAAUGUAUGUAUAAUAUGCAAUGUCUUAAGGUUGAAUUUCAGUAGAUCUGUACAAAACAUCUAAAAAAAAAAAUUAAAGUUCAUAUCUAUAUUUUAGGAUUUAUGCAUGUUUACAAUCAUAACAGAGCUGUAUUUUCGAUUUUAUUUCAAAAGCAAUGAAUGAAUUAUUAUAAAUAA